UGGUUCCGGAAGCCUGGCGUCUCCAUGGCAGCCCCUCCUCGCCCCUCCCACCCGGCCAAGAUGGCGUUGGUAAGUAUUACGGUGUGAGGCAGAGGCGGAGCUGCGGUGACAGGGAGCUAGCGGGGAGGAUCAGCCGGCAGUGUCUCAGCUCAGAUCACCGGGCCCUGAGGCCUCACGGGACUCUCCUCACGUCUCUCACUAUUGCCCCUGGGGUCGGUGACUCCAGCACAUGACAAUUACCCCAGGAACUCCUGCUCUACAAUUGCCCAGCCAGGUAGCUGGAGCUUAACGAGCUGGAAUUGAGUGGAUCUGUCCCGCUGGUCCCUGGCAGAAUGGAAUAAGUGGGCAGAGUGGGAGAUACCCCAGAGAGGAACCUACUGUAGAUUCUAUUGCAACUAGUCCAACUAGAAGGAGAUCUCAAUGCAUUGUACAUUCGGGAUAACAUGAUACCUGCUCUGUAUUAGGAGUGACGGCUCUUUAACACCUGCCAUGACCACCCCAGCCCUUCUCCCACUCACAGGGCGCCGGAUCCCAGCCCUGAACCUCGGAACUUCAUCCUUUCCCCACCAUCGGGCCACCCUGAGACUCUCCGAGAAAUUCAUUCUGCUUCUCAUCCUCAGUGCCUUUAUCACCCUGUGUUUCGGGGCUUUCUUUUUUCUCCCCGACUCCUCCAAGCACAAACGCUUUGACCUGGGCCUGGAGGAUGUGCUUAUCCCCCAUAUCGAGUCUGAUAAAGGAGGCAAGAACUCUGGGAGUCUUCUCAUCCACGGACAAGGCCACGACGGGCACCGACACAGGGAGGAGGAGGAGCAGCUGAGAAACAAGAUCCGUGCCGACCAUGAGCGGGCGCUAGAGGAGGCCAAAGAGAAGCUGAAGAAGUCGCGGGAUGAGAUCCGAGCCGAGAUUCAGACGGAGAAGAGUAAGCUGGUCGAAGAGCUAAAGAAAAAGGAUAACCCACCCCUUCCACUUGCCCCCGUCCCCAACCUCCCAGAGAUAAAGAAUGGGGAUCCCGGGGACCCCGACAUCAGAGAGAAACGGGACAAAAUUAAAGAGAUGAUGAAACAUGCCUGGGACAAUUACAAACAGUAUGGCUGGGGCCACAAUGAGCUCAAACCCAUUGCCAGGAAGGGCCACUCCACAAACAUAUUUGGAAAUUCUCAGAUGGGAGCCACAAUUGUGGAUGCCCUGGACACCCUGUACAUUAUGGGGCUCCUGGAUGAGUUCAGGGAUGGACAGGAGUGGGUGCAAAAUAACCUGGACUUUGGUGUGAAUGCCGAGGUGUCUGUGUUUGAGGUGAACAUCCGUUUCAUUGGUGGUUUGCUGGCAGCGUUCUACCUGUCUGGGCAAGAGGUUUUUAAGAACAAGGCAGUUCUGCUGGCAGAGAAGCUUCUCCCUGCGUUCAACACCCCAACUGGAAUUCCGUGGGCUAUGGUGAACCUCAAAACCGGUGUUGGCAGGAACUGGGGCUGGGCAUCGGCAGGGAGCAGUAUCCUGGCAGAGUUUGGCACCCUACACCUGGAGUUUGUGCAUCUUAGUUACCUGACGGGGAACCCUGUUUAUUAUAACAAGGUUAUGCACAUUCGGAAACUCCUGCAGAAGAUGGAUCGGCCCAAUGGACUUUUCCCCAAUUACUUGAAUCCCAGGACGGGGCGCUGGGGGCAGCACCACACGUCGGUGGGAGGUUUGGGUGACAGUUUCUACGAAUACCUGCUGAAGGCUUGGCUGCUGUCAGACCGCACUGACCUGGAGGCGCGCCAUAUGUACGACAGCGCUAUUGACGCCAUAGAGAGACACCUGAUCCGCAAGUCUGGAGGGGGUCUGACGUUUAUCGGCGAGUGGAAGAACGGGCACCUGGAGAGGAAGAUGGGUCACCUGACGUGCUUUGCGGGGGGCAUGCUGGCGCUGGGUGCUGACGGCUCCCCUGGAGAAAAGGCCGGUCACUACCUACAGCUGGGGGCUGAGAUUGCCCACACGUGCCACGAGUCUUACGACCGGACGGUGCUAAAGUUGGGCCCCGAGGCCUUUAAGUUUGAUGGUGGAGCAGAGGCGGUGGCAGUGAGACAGAAUGAGAAGUAUUACAUCCUGAGGCCGGAGGUCAUUGAGACUUAUUGGUACAUGUGGCGCUUUACCCACGACCCAAAAUACCGGCAGUGGGGCUGGGAGGCUGCUCAGGCCAUUGAUAAGUACUGCAGGGUGAGUGGGGGAUUCUCUGGAAUCAAAGACGUGUAUUCCUCGUCUCCAACCUACGAUGAUGUUCAGCAGAGUUUCUUCCUGGCUGAGACCCUAAAGUACCUGUACCUCCUCUUCUCCAGUGACGACCUCCUGCCAUUGGAUAACUGGGUGUUCAACACGGAGGCCCACCCAUUACCAGUGAUCCAUUUGCUGAACACCACCCUGCCUGGUAACCAUGUGAUGCGAUAGGGACCGACCCCAGGCGGGGGCAAUAUAUUUGGGACCAUUUCAGGCCUAAAGGGGCUUAAACAAGACUCAGUGAUGAGAGUCAGACCCCCGGGGCCCAAUUCCAUUUCCUUUCAUGUAACUGCCCCCCCCCCGUCUGCUGGCGGAAUGACAUUGGGCACAAGCAGGGGGGGGGAUUUACUGACCAAACUGCCUGUUUGGGGGAAUAGCCUGGCAAGUCCAUACAGAAGAGGGGCCGGACUCAGGAACUGGAGCCAAAACAAGGAGCAUUGUAAUUUUUUUAAGCAACAUUUGGGCACCAGACUGAACUUAGUUCUUGGGGGGGAGGGGGAAGCAUCACUUUUUACCCCAACACAGUAACUGGCAGAGAAAUGGUUAAAACACAUUCAUUAUGUUACCCUCCGAUUAUCAAGCGCAUUGAGACCCCAAGGAAACUAACAAUGUGGCCCCUCCCCAUGGACACUGCACCCCACUUUCCUUUUAUUAUGUUUGUGGUUCCUGUUGGCAUGAGCUAAAUACUGAGCAGGGGGUUAAACAGACGAAGUCCAGGCCUAAUCCAACUUGCCCCUCGUUAUUCCUGGGGGGCUAAGCCUGACAGUAGCACAGGAUGUAAUACUCAGCAUUCUGAUUGGCUCCUGCAGCUGUUCUACCACAGAACAAAUAUAGUUAGGUUUCUGGGGUUCAGCCCAUGAGAUUGAACCCCAGUAACUAGUACUUAGGGGACCAGCCUGCUGUUGGGUUAAAGGGGAGGUUUACCCUUAGUUCUGACUUCCAUGAAGCUGGCUGGUUGCUGGGUUAAUGAAGCCCUAGCAACCAGAUUGCAUUGUAGUUCCCAAGCCUGAGAGCUGGAAAAGAGUAAAUUCAUUAGUAAAUGAAAUGCUCAUAGUGCUGGCUAGUCCUGCUCACACUAAAGGUGAGGUUUAGGCUGAACUUACCCUUUAAACAUAGGUAUAGACUGAUACAUGUCAGCAUUGCUCUGAUUGGCUGCAGGCUGGUUGAGCUGUAACAAGCUUUGGACAGUGCUAGCCAGUAAUGGUAAAUGGCAAAGCCCAGUGACUAGCGACAGUUUCAGCUGACAGUCAUGAGUGCAAUGACCGGGGCCGCCCCGAGCUGAUUGGGUGGCAGUGUCUGUAGCACAGUCAUGUUUAUAUCUAAUGAUCAUGAAUAAAAUCCCAUUGGCAG